UCAGUCACCAUGCAAAGUGCCAUUACGCAGAAGUGGGAAUUUACUAAGUACAUUUACUAAUUUACUUAGGUACAAUUUUGAGAUACUUGUACUUGAGUAUUUCCAUUUUUAAUAUAGGAAACGUUCCCAGGAGGAUAUACUUGUUCACUCACCAUGCAUAGUGCCAUUACGCAAAAAAAAUCCAGCAACGACAGAAACGUGACAUGUUUCAACACCCUUACGUGCCCGACGUAAGGAUCUGACGCACCAGGCUUUCUGCUCUCUCUCCUUCAUUUCGCUUCUUCUCCCCUCCGUAGAGACUCAACUGUUUUAACCAAAAGAGGUCAGCAGGGGUCAUGAGGGUGUCGGAGGCCCCGGUUGCUGUUCAGAGCAGCUGAAGCAGGCAUGGGCAAAGAAGUCUCGAUGGCAUCGGUAGGCUCAGCCUCAUCGUCCUCCUUCUCCACAAGAAUCUACGCAACAAGUUCUCUGUAUUUGCCAGCAUCUCCCAGUAAGACUUUGCAAUGAGAAUGUCCGACACGGUUGACACUGAAACGAUGAAGGUUUCCGAGGCGGCCGACGCGGUGCCAUCUCCAAAAGACAACGCCGGCAUCUCCGACGUGGCCGACCAGAGCCAGAGCGGCAGAGAGGAACAAGGCGGCAACAAUAAGAGGGACGCCCAGCCUGUGAAGUACUCCAAGUCCAACACCAGGCUAAAGCUGGUGCGGAGCCUGGCAGUGUGUGAAGAGUCCUUUCCUUGCCCUAGCCCUGAGCCUUCAGCAGCACCUCAGGAUGAAUUUCUCCUGCAGCCCUUUGAAAAGGAAGACCGAGCCUCACAGGACCAAGCUGAGAAAGAGGACAGCUGCGAUAAGGUGGAAAAACCUGAGAAAACGCAGAGAAAAAUGCUGUCGAGAGAUUCCAGUCAAGACUACACAGACUCCACUGGCAUAGAUCUCCAUGAGUUCCUGGUCAACACACUGAAGGGAAACCCCAGGGAUCGAAUCAUGCUCCUGAAGUUGGAACAGGACAUCUUGGACUUCAUCAGCAAUAACGAGAGCCAGAAGAGGAAGUUCCCGCCCAUGACGUCUUACCACAGGAUGCUGCUGCAUCGAGUGGCCGCCUACUUUGGCAUGGACCACAACGUGGACCCUAGUGGGAAAUCAGUGGUGAUCAACAAAACCACCAACACUAGAAUACCCGAUCAGAAAUUCUCCGAGCACAUCAAGGAUGACAGGGCGGACGAUUUUCAGAAACGCUACAUUCUCAAACGAGACAACUCCAGCUUUGAUCGGGAAGACAGCACGAUCCGAAUGCGUUUGAAAGCUGACAAGAGGAGCAAAUCGAUGGAGGAGCGGGAGGAGGAGUACCAGCGAGCCAGAGAAAGGAUAUUUGCACAUGAUGGAGAUCACUUCAUACUCGAUAGAAGUGCUCAGGAUGAAGGCGCAUGCAUGAGCACCCAACAGAGGCGGCAAAUGUUCAGGUUGCGGGCCGGCCGAUCAGGCGCCAGCCGGCAGAGCAGCUCGGAGACGGAGCCGCGGCACGGCGAGCCUCGGCCGUGGAGCAGCACCGACAGCUCGGACAGCUCCAACCGCCUCGCCCCGCGGCCCGCCAUCACCAAGGCCAGCAGCUUCAGCGGCAUCUGCCCCGGCCUCGUCCGCGGGGACUCUACGGCCAGCAGCAAGAGCACCGGAAGGCUCUCAAAAACAGGUUCCGAGUCGUGCAGCAGCGUCGGCUCCUCGUCCAGCUCGCUGUCCCGUCCCCAGAUUUCCCUCGUCGUCUCGGGCCAGUCCUGGUCCAACGUACCCAGCGCUCCCUUGAUCCACCCGGCACCUGACACUCGAGGCCCCGGGCACCCUGAGAUGAUCAAGAGUGUCCCUCCGCAGCCACCGCCCGCUACCGACGCAACAAACUACUACGUGUUGCCGCUGGAAGCCUCAGGGAUCCCACCUGGCAGCGUGCUGGUCAACCCUCACACAGGCAAGCCUUUCAUCCACCCCGACGGCAGCGCUGUGGUUUAUAAUCCGGCCUCCAGCGCCACGGGCAGGAACCCUCAGCUGGGGAAAUCCCCACAGCAGCCAAUCCCUGCCCCUCCACAGCAGCAGCUGCAGCAGCCGACCAAUAACAUCCACUCCCAGCCGAUCUGUCCUCCUCUCCAGCUGUCCUCUGAGCCUGUUCACAACCCGACGGUGUCCUAUCCUCUUCCUCCUCUUCCUCCUUCUCAGUUCCUGCCCGUCUGUGCUAACCAACAGUACACUGUGCCUGACGCCCUGAACGCCCAGUUUGGUCACAUGACUCUGGCUCAGCAGCCGCCCGGCGACAGCGGCGCAUCGGCUCCGGACGCCCGCCACUACCCGGCAUUGUACCACCACCACCACCACCACCCGCCCUCCAUGCUGCUGCAGGGAGCUCCUCCUCCUCCUCAGCAGCAGCAGCAGCAGGUUACCAGCUACAUGUUGGCGGGGCCAUCGGGGGGGAUGCUGCAGGGUCAGCCCAUCCCGCUCCCCACUCCGGGCCCCAACCUCGCAUAUCCCAGCUCCACCCCGGGCCCCGCUGCUUUCCCUGGGGCGGCGCUGAACCAGCAGCUCCUGCAGCAGCACACGUACAUCCAGCAGCCUGUGCAGCAGAUGCAGUGUUACUGCUCAUCAGCCCACCACCCCCACUGCUCCCCCCAGCAGCAGCAGCAGCACCACCACUACCGGCCCGCCAUCAACCCGCUGCCCUAUAACUGCCCUCAGAGCCAGAACCUGCCCCAGCAGCAAGUGCACCAAGCCAUGAUGCCAAACCCGGCGUCCAGCUACCAGACCAUAAUGGGCAUGCAGCCAACCUCCAACCUCGCGCUCACUGGCAACCAGCAAAGCAAUAUGGGCAACCAGAUGCAAGGCAUGAUGGUCCAGUACCCUCCAAUGCAGUCUUAUCAGCAGGUUUCCAUGCCGCAGCAGACUUACCAGCAGCCGGUGUUCGUGUCCUGUCAGCCCGGGCAGGGGGGGGUGGCAGUCGCCGGCAUGCAGCCCUGCUACAGCCUGCUCCCCCCCAACCAGCACACCACCAUGAGCUCCACAGUGAGCUUCCUGCCGGCGCAGAUGAUGGAGCAGCUCCAGUUUCCUCAGACCUCGUCGCCCUGCGUCUCCCAGCAGCACCCGGGCCAGCAGUACGCAGGGUUGUUACCCCCGGCUCCCGGCGGCGGCAUGGUGAUGCUGCAAAUGACAGCGCCCUCCUGCCAGCAGCCCCGGGCCCCCUCCCCCUGCCAGCGGAAGCAACCCAGCCACAAACACCCGGGGCCCGAGCACCAGCGCAGCCGCAGACCCGCCGAGCUCCUGCCGCCUCCAGAAAACACCCAGAGCAGCCGGCCCUUGUCUCGGGCCCUCACUCCCUUGCCCGGCCAGCCGCCCAGCGUCAAGGGCCUCCCAUCAGGCAUUACGUCCAUCCCUGUCAUGGCCCACCACCCGCACCACCCCCCGCCGCUCCCUACAGCCUUCUGCCACAGUGGACAAGGUGAAGCACACUACUCUCUACUGGGCCAACCUCUGCAGUACAAACCCUCCAUCAGACCUCCGCUGAUCCACACCGCCCACAUGGUGGCCAAACACCAGGGUCCACUGGGGAUUUGGCGAAGCGCUCAUGGGAGGAAGGCCAGCAGAAAACCUCUGUCUUCAGAUCUCAGUGUAGGUGAAGCAGUGAGCAGUCAGAUCCUGGAAGUGACAGAUCCUCCGGAGGGGAUCAGCUGUACAGACUCACACCACCUCCUGGCAGACCUCUGCAAAGGAGGCCAAUUGAUCCAGCGGCUGUCGGACCAUCGGCCCCGGCUGCGCAACACCACCAGGGACGCUCCCGGCGGACACCUGGCCUCAUCAUACUCCAUCUUUGCCAUGCUACCCUCCAGAUACGCCGGCCCGAGCAGCACGCUCCACCACAGGACUAGCACCGGACACAAAGGGGGGCGCUGCGACUCGGACUCGGCCGGCUCAUAGCUGCUAAGAUCCCGGUGCGUCUAAGGAGCGCGCCACGAACGCACAUCGAAACCACCUGCCUCUGCUGCCUCAGUCUGGACUGUCACGGUUCACAGACUCUGUCCAAAAUCAAAAGCUAAUGUUUUGAAGAAUGAAUGUUCACUUUUUAUUUUGUUUUACUUCAUUUUAUCUUUCUUUUCCUGGCCAAAAAGGUCUGAGGUUUGUUUUUUUGAAAUGCGUCCGUUGACCAUCUCUACUUUAAAUUUCUAGUUUGCUGUUUCGAAAGUGUUUGGAGAGCUUUUGGAUUUUCUUUUAUAAAAGCAGGUGUGUGCAUCAUAUCGAGCUAACAGUAAGCCAACUGGUUCAACAAGGUUUUUGUGAAAAUUGGGGCUCCCCUACCAUGUGAUUGAAUCCAAACUGAGCGUUCAUAUCAAAGCAGGCGUCAUGUUUUAUUUAAUGUCCAUCAAUAAUUCCAUCAUCUGUUGUCACUGAAACUGAGAAGCGUUUAUCCACAGGAAUGACUUUUCUCUUGUACAACAUGCUCCCAACAAUAGCACACAGCAGCCCAUACAAUAAUACACACUGAAUAAUAGAUAUACUACCUGAAUUAUUUACAGUCACUUUUAUACACAGUGAAUGUUGGAUUUGCACUGAAGUGAUGAAACGAGAUGGAGAUUUGAUUGGUAUCGAACUGGGCCUGGAUUUGUUUUCUUUUAUCGACCCCCAUCGUUCCUGUUUGUUGCACUCGACCAGGCCACUUUCUUUUAUAUUUAAUUAAAAUGUUUAUAUGCACAAGAAAAAUGCAAACGAGUGUGUCGCUCUACUUGGCUUCUUCUUCUUCUUCUUCUUUGUUUGGGUUUUGUUUGUGUGAAUCAUGAGAGGUCGCUGUGUCUGGUGUGGCUUUUUUCUUUCUCUUUCUUUUGGUUUGACUCUAAUAAAUGUUUGCACCACA